AUGCCAAAGCGCAAGCUCGAUGAGACCGAAGAAAGCACAUCUUUCAACCCAAAGGAGCGAAAGUUGACACUCAGAGCAGCUCGUUUGGAGCAGAAGAUCGAAUAUGGCACACUGCAGAUACACAAAGCCCUUAAAACUGCGCGGGGUUUUGAGCGUCAAAAGCUAGGAAGGCGCCAAAAGACGGCGCAGUUGAAGUCUGACAAGGCCCUGCUCUCACGACUCACAGAAGAGGUGCAGGCUUUGAAGUCACUGGAUCUUUUACAAAUCUCACAGAGGCACCUAAUAAAGCAGCUAGUGAAGACGAAGCGAAUCGCAGACUCACCAGUCCUUGCCCAGCUAGAUAUUUCCAGGCAAAAUCUGUUCGACGGAAGUAAGGAUGGACCUGCAGCAAAUGUUACAGCGCGCUUAUACAAUUCCAAUCCUGUCAAGACAAUUAUGCCGGGCAUAAUGGCUGGCAUUCGGGAAAUAUUGGGCUUGGACGAUACCAAAUCUUCAACUGAGGUAAAGCCCGACGAGAGGAAAAUGAUCGAUUGUGCCAGAAGGACAGCUCUGGAGCAUGACACAGAUACCCCAAUACGGAAGGCACUUGCCAUUGAUGAAGAUAGCAAUGUGUCUGGGGGUUACAAUGACGAGCUUGACCUCGAGCAGUUUGAAAAUCGCAUCGCCUCAAGUUCGGGUUCGGAAUUUGCCAGCAACGAUAGUGAUCGUGGGGGACAAAGUGAUAUUGAUAAUGAGAACAGUCACCAGAAUAGCUUAGCCUAUGACCCCGUAAAGGAUUUGACGCUUUCCCCUACCCCCUCAAUCGCCGAUUCAGACUCCCCUCCAGCGACUGCGACAAAGACCAAGAAGCCCUCAAAGUCGAAGGACAAAGCAUCAGAAACUACAUUUUUACCUUCCCUUACAAUGGGUGGAUACUGGUCCGGCACGGAGUCCGAAGCGGAGGACGAUGAGGCCGCCGAAGCCAUUGCACCACGGAAGAACCGAAUGGGCCAGCAAGCUCGGCGAAAAUUGUGGGAGAAGAAGUACGGUGCAAGCGCCAACCAUGUGCGUAAGCAGACCGAAAGCAGCGCUCGCGAUAGCGGUUGGGACAUGCGUCGAGGGGCAAUGUCGCAGGAAGACCGAAGACGCGGGCGUGGUAAUGGUAGGCGGGUUGCUGGUCAUCAUUCUAGGGUAGACCAUAAAAGCGCCCCUCGGCCUGCGAAUCCGCCUAGGCAAAUUCAACCACCGCGGGAGCAGAAACCACUGCAUCCUUCAUGGGAGGCAGCGAGACUAGCCAAGGAGAAAAAGAAUCAGGCAAGCUUUCAGGGGAAAAAAGUUGUAUUCGACUGA